GGUCAGGACACAAACAGGGGUCUGUCUAAUCUAGCCCUCCUCUUCAUCCCCCAUCCUGUUUACCUGCUUGAAGGGUUUGAAAGGAACUCUGUGUGUGUUCAUGUAUGAGGUAGGGGGGUAGGGAGAGUAGAAAAUGGAAUGCCAUCACUGCACCUCCUUCUCAAAGACGGCAAACUAACAUAAGGCAACAAAAGCCCACAAGACAUUCACCAGGUGUAAAACAAGGCCAUUGGAACAUCGGGUGCAUUUCACAUAUAGACAUGCCUUGUAAACUCUGGCUUGCUCUUUCAGUGUGGCUUUUGCUGCCAACGUCUGAAGCGGGAAGGCAGAUGCCUAAACUCGCUGACAAGAAACUCUGUGCUGACUCCGACUGCAGCCAUCCUAUCUUGAUAGCUCGGGCACUGCAGGAUUACUACCCGGGAGACUGCAGGUUCAUCCCCAUCAGACAGGGGCAGCUCAUCUAUGUCUAUGCAAUGCUGAAGGACAGAGGAAACCUCUUCUGGGCUGGCAGUGUACAAGACUCCUAUUAUGGACAGCAGGAGGCUCGCAUUGGUCACUUCCCCAGCAGUGUAGUGGAGGAGACUCAUCCUCUCAUGCCAGCCAGCACUGAAGUCAAGACUACUAAAUGGGACUUCUACUGUAACUGAUGUUGCCUUGAUCAAUAAUGAGAAGAACAUUCUUGUCACAUUACAUUUUUUUUGAGUAUACUUAAAAUACGAUACAUCAUAUGAUCUUACACAUUGUAGUCAGUAUAUAUGUAGGUUUACAUAUCCACACUGGAUGCCAUACUUUAAAAUCAUGAUCUGCAUAGUAGAUUUACAGUAGAUUGUGAUUUUAUAGUUAAAGUUUUAAAGUGAU